UUGCUAAGCGACCAUAAAGGCGCCAAUGACAAUAUCUGAAAGCUAAAUAGGGUUGGAGCUGCCUAGUACUUGGAUGAGAAACCUUCAAGAAAUACUAGUGCUGUAAAUGGAGAGAAUACGCUUUGGAAAACUUGACAUCAUUUUCAUGAGGAGAGAGGCAAAUAUAUUUCCAGCAUGGUUUAAAUCAGCUCUCUGCAAAUAAUUUGGUGGAAAACAAUGGAUUCUAGUCUAGCUGUAUUCUCCACUCUUGGGAGCCCCUUUUUGGAGGGAUCCAGUUCCCGAAGCCAUUAUCAUCCUUCUCAGGCCCAGCCAUUGAGGCAGAAGAAGCAACAGACGGUCCUGAGCCCAUCUCGUUUGCAGCCUAGGAACUGCUCUGUCUUUCCUGAGGAGCCAGAACCAUUCAGUACUUCAUACCCUCAUUUACUGCCUGACUCCAGCUCCCAUGAGGGAAAGCCCCCUAAGUCAAACUCCACAAGUCCCUUCAAUGAGUCUUGGCCCUCAACUGAACGCAGCUCUUCCUCCCUGACUCCAGAAGGAAAAAAGGAUCUUCCAGCACAGCUGUCAUCAGAGGCCAAGACCCUGGAGGCACCAAAGCUCCCAGAUUCUGUCUCAGACAAUGAAUCCAUUGUUGCCAAGUAUAUUGAACGAUUUCGCUAUGGGAAGCCCGCUGAUCGUAAAGAGCGCUUGGCAUCUAGUGGAGGUUCAGCUGAUUUCUGGUGGCUUAGCCACUCAUUUCUCCCAGAUGGAGAAAACUCUAAGAAGGAAGCAUUGCUAUCUUUGGAUAACAGCCAAAGUGAAGUGAGGUCAUCUCUUUUCAGUCCCAUCCUGACUCAAACUACCUCAGGAGAAAUACAAGCUGCUUCUGCACUUGACACUGAGACAGUGAACCUGCAGGAAAGAGCAGCUAAAGUCUUAAGCAGAAGCAUCUCACCACUGAGUGUCAGGCCUGUCAGCUCUGAAGGGCUUGAUUCUACUACUACAUCCACCAACGCAAAUAGCACCACAGACCUGCCUCAACAUGCUCUACAACAUUCUGCAGCACACCAAGUCAAAGAGAGCUUGAUUAUUCCUUAUCAUAUCACUCCAAGUUCUAUAACCCAUUCUUUAAAACCAGAAGAUGACAUCCUAUUCCAGUGGCGCCUGCGGCGGAAGAUGGAGGAAGCAAGCAAAGCCGUUGCUGCAAUGCCUUCUGAAGUUUGGAGGAAUCCAUGCUUCCAACCGACCUGCACCUCUGGAAAAAUGGAAAGAGAAGUUCUGAAGUCAACUGAACCAACUCCUUGGAGGGGCAAAGACCAAAAAGUGUUGUCAAUUCCCGAGCCCCACCUAGAUAUUAAAUAUAUCCAGAGUCAGUGCCAUCCUUGCUCCUGUGCAGGCAUGCCAAAGCAUGGAGUCACUUCUGGGCAGCAUAUUGAAACCAUUUCCCCCAAUAAUGGGAUAGUGAUAACUGGAGGCCCUGAAUGCAGCGAUAAGCCAAUUGUGAAGGAUCCAACCCCACAAAAAGAUCACGUCCCUGAUUACCUAGAAACAUCUCCUUCAAGACCUGCAAAAGCCAAUGAGUCUUUGAGUCAGACAACUUCAUGUCAUGUUCAAUCAUCCGAUCAGGGAAUGCACUUGGAACUCAGCAGAAGACCAGGACUAUGCAGAGUCAAGCAGAGUCAAGCAAAACCAAUUUCAGACUCCACAACACGCAGCCCCACAAAGCAUUCAGUUCAUCAUGUACUAUCGGAGGUAGUUGCUGAAAGGCUUUUCUCCCCACCUGAAUCUCCAGCUCUUCCUCGGGACAAACCAAAGAGAUGCUCAAGGACUUUGGGUCCAGAGGAAGCUAUUCCAAAGAAUGUUGUCACUCCCUCCCAUCCCCAACUCCUGAACAUGGCUGCUCAGCUACUGGAACAGGCUGAAGACUCAGAUGGUCUGGAAUUUGAAGAUGACCCUCUGUUACAAGUGCUGAGAGGUCAGAGGGAAACACUGCUCAACCAGCUUCGAGCUGUGGAUUUCCAGAUCACUCAGCUGGAAAGUAACUCCUUUGAUCAGGGCGUCUCUCACCGAUGACCACCUCCUGUGUUCUCUUUGUUGAACCUUGGGUGGUUUAAGGUCCCUCCUCAAGGCAUUGCUCAAAUCCAGCAUUAUCAGGCACUUCAGGAUAAAUUCAGUCAAAGGGUUUUGAAGGUGCUUUUUAUUUAUUUAUUAUUAACUCUAUAGUGGUUUUCAAUGUCUGCCUGCCCUUAGCAGACCAGCAUUUUCCUAAGAAGAUAUUUGGGAUUCAGAAUAGCCAAGCGAUGAUGUGUAGGGAUGCCUCUACUUUAUAUUCAGUGUGCUGUUUCCAUGGUUUCACUGUAUAUUUCACAUUGCAUUUAAAAUAAAUGUGUAUUU